AUGGGGCCUGCUGGAAGUGGCAAGUCUACAUACUGUGCAACCAUGAUGACACACUGCCAAACAGCUGGAAGAAAGGUUCAUUUAGUCAAUCUGGAUCCUGCUGCCGAGAAUUUCGAAUACGAGCCCACGAUUGAUAUCAGAGAGCUCAUUACAUUGGAAGAUGUGAUGGAGGAAUUGGACUAUGGACCCAACGGUGGCUUGAUCUAUUGCUUAGAGUUUUUGAUGAACAAUGUCGACUGGCUCGAAGAGGAGAUUGGUACAUUUGACGAUGAUUACUUGAUCAUUGAUUGUCCCGGUCAAAUUGAAUUAUACACCCAUUUUCCCAUUAUGAGACGUCUUUGCGAGACACUUGGUCGUCUGAACAUGUCAGUCUGCGGUGUCUACUGUCUGGAAUCACAAUUUAUCGAGGACAAAAGCAAGUACUUUUCUGGUGUUUUGAGUGCCAUGAGUGCCAUGGUCAAUUUAGAGAUUCCUCACAUCAACGUCAUGACCAAGAUGGAUUUAAUCGAGGGAGAUUAUGGAAACAAACCCAUUGAAGAAGAUGAUGAUGACGAGGAUGACGCCGAGACAGCUGCAGAAAAGAAGAGACGUAGACAAAAGAGAAGAAGAAGACUGAUGGAGAAGGCUAUGACAGAUCGUGAGAUGGAUAGAUACUUGGAACCUGAUCCAAUGUUGAUGACAGAGGAAGCUGAUACAGUGCUUAAUGGAGAGGAACCCAGCCCAAGGAGCCUAAAAUUCCAAGCAUUGAAUCAAGCCAUUGUACAAUUGAUUGAUGAUUACAGCAUGGUACGCUUUAUACCACUUAAUAUUACAGACGAAGAUUCUGUUGAAUACGUAUUAUCGCACGUUGAUAACUCGAUGCAAUACGGCGAAGAUUUGGAGCCAAAGGAACCUGACGAUGUGCCAGAAUACGAGUAG